CUCCUGCGGCAGUCCUGAACAGGCCAGCCCAGCGCUCGGGGUUGCGCCCGGCCGCCGGAGGUUGCUUCGUUGUGCAGGAACUCUAGCGGGAAGUCAAGUUUUGACAUUCGCGGGCGCCAGAAUAAUUAGUCGAGGAGUGAGAGGGCUCGGCCGACUACCUGGGCGGAGACGCGGCGGUUCUGCCUACCGUGUUGGGCAGACACACAGCAAGUCUGCAUCGCCACACUCAAGUCGCACUGCGUAGUCCCCCCAGGCUGGAUGACGGAACUACUCGAGACCAUUUUUGGGGAGUUGGGAAUCGCCCAGUACCUCGACGCCUUCUUGGAACAGGGCUUUGACACGUGGGAGACCAUCUUGGACAUUACGGAAUCCGACCUCGACGCGCUGGGCGUGAAGCUGGGCCAUCGCAGGAAACUCCAGAGACGGAUCGCCAAUUUUCGCGGCGUCGCACCAGACGCAUCGCUUGUGUCUCCGACUCAAUCAAACGCCGAGGAGGUCAAAUUUCAAGAUGCAGUCAAGACGGAGUCCCCAACGCCCGGUGGACGAGGGGCAAUCACUGUCGUCGUCACGAAGCGAAAAUACCGGCGGCAUCCGAAGCCGGACGAAAACGCCCCUGAGCGGCCUCCCUCGGCCUAUGUGCUCUUCUCUAACAAAAUGCGCGAAGAGCUUAAGGGCCGGAAUCUGAGCUUCGCCGAGAUCGCCAAGCUCGUGGGAGUGAACUGGCAAAACCUGACCGCGGCCGAAAAGGAGCCGUUUGAGUCCCAGGCGCAAGCCAUCAAGGACAAGUACCUGAGCGAUCUGGCCGUGUACAAACAGACGCCCGAGUACAGAAAGUACCAGGCUUACCUGAAGGAGUUCAAGGCCAAGCACGGCUCUCCAUCACAAGAUAAGGACGGCUCGAAGAGACUGCGGCUCUCGGAGCUGGGAGCCCAAAGUCGUGGUAGCCCCAAUGUUACCCCGACAAGGACCAGUAGAAGUGGAAGCGGAGCCGAGAGCCGCAGAGGAAGCGAGCCUCCUAGCAGCACUCAAAGACUCGGCUCUGUCGCCUCGCCGGGCGACUCCCAGUACGCGACUUCCCUGGCUUCACCCGCUUCGGUCGCCUCGCCGGACCAGCCCGUAAUCUCGCCGGUCGUGAGCAAUGCCGAGCGGCACUCCUCGGGCCUUUCUCCAGCCUUCAAUCCCGAUUCGAGAAACCAGGCGCCGCCGCCGCCUAGGUCCCGCCACUCCGGCCAGGGAGACGACCAGGGCCGGGCGCAGUUGAGCAUGCACAAGCAUCUUCCAUCGCUCUCCGAUGUGUUCGAUGGCCAGGAACUACCCGGUGGAGGGCGUUCAUCGAGCGAACCCAACGGUUUUCGCCCCCCGCCCGACCACGUUGCUGGCAACCCCGGUCCUGGGACGGGCCAUGUUGGCGGCAGCACGCAUUCAGCACCUCCGCCAAGCGGACACCCCUAUGUUGGGAAUUCAACCUCACUCCAUUUCUAUGCCCAGCUCAGGCCACCGGUUGACGGCCCUUUGCCAAUACAUGCCCUACUGGCAUCCAAGCCAGAACCUCCGCAUCAUUCAAGCCAGCCGGCGCACCUGCCUCACGAGAACCCUUUCCUUGUCGACCAGAAGCCUAGGCUACUGCACCAAGCUCCGAAUGGUGUGGCCGGGCUUCCCGUGCUCCAUGUCUACCACACCCCUGGGUCUCUCCUCGCACACCAAACCCCCAACCACCACCAGUAUCAGCACCACGGCGCGAGCGCACAUCACGUCAAGCAAACCUUUCCGACCCACGCGCCACCUGCCCCCGGACCUCCGCCCGAAUCUCCUCAGCAGGGGAGGCAGAACGCGAGCCUCGACGGCAUGAGUGCCCUGCUGAAGGCAGGCGAGAUCGUCGACCGCAGCAUGCAGUGACCAAGCGCCCUCGGGAAGCCCCAUAUAUCCGGAUGAUGCACUGUUCUAUGCGAUAUAUUUCUCAAACGUCAACGGAUACCCCUUCGCUUAAGUGGAGUUCUUCGGAGCAAUGCGCGCAGUAUCGUGGUGGAGGCAUUUGCUCCCUCUCUUUAUGCAUGAAUCGAAAGCGAAGCCAUAAGCCAUCAUGGCUAGCAGAAGUGGCAAGCCUGGUUAUCUCGGCCCAAGAGUUACGGCUGAAGAGGUACGGGGGUUAAGGUGGUGACUGCAUGUGGUGAUGUCGAUCAUGAGGAUUCUUUUUCCUUGUACGAGACGUCGGAACAUCCAGACA